CGCCACAGCAGCGACAUCGUGACUCAUCUUCGACCUGCAGAUUCUGGUCAGGCAACGAAGACAUCGGAGCGCCACAGCACCGACAUCGGAGAGACCGGGCUUGCAGAAACGCGUUGCGCGAAACAUCUUCAUGGCGUUUGUGCUCUACGCUUGUUCUGCGUCUGUGGUCCCGGAAGAUCGAGCAUCAGAGGGAGAAGGGAAGAGCAGAGGAUCAGAGGAAGAAGGGAAGAGCAGAGCAUCAGAGGAAGAGGAGAUGGACAUCUCUAUGGAAGAGAAUUCAGUUGAGCUGACGGCCACCUCAAAGGUCUCAUCAAAGGGUGGAAGGGGGGGAGGGGCAGGAAGGGGAAGAGGCGGAGGCGCGGGCCGGGGAGGGAAUGCGAAGGCUCCGUUAAGGGAUGCAACGAAUGACGGCGAUGAGUUAUCUUCAAGAGUAAUUGGAGAUGAGAAGACGAUCGAAGAGGUUUAUCAGAAAAAGACACAAUUGGAGCACAUUUUGCUUCGUCCGGACACGUACGUCGGGUCAAUUGAGAAGCUGACUCAGCAUAUGUGGGUAUACGAGGAUGGCACGCUUCGUCACAGGGCAGUGACGUUCGUGCCUGGGUUGUACAAAAUUUUUGACGAAAUUUUGGUCAAUGCAGCUGAUAACAAGCAGAGAGACCCGUCCAUGGACGCAGUGAAAGUGGACAUCAACCCCGAGACGAACACCAUCAGCGUGUUCAAUACAGGAGACGGAGUGCCUGUGGAAAUUCAUGCUGAGGAGGGCGUCUAUGUGCCAGAAAUGAUCUUUGGGCAUCUGCUCACUAGCAGCAAUUACGACGAUACCAGGAAGAAAACUACAGGAGGAAGGAACGGUUAUGGUGCCAAGCUGACAAACAUCUUCUCCACAGAGUUCGUCAUCGAGACGGCCGAUGGGAAACGUGGGCGCCGUUACAAACAGGUGUUUUCAGAAAACAUGGGAAAGAAAUCCGACCCGAAGAUCACGACGUGCAAGGCGAGUGAGAACUGGACGCGUGUCACGUUCAAGCCGGAUCUCGCAAAGUUUGGUAUGGAUACUCUCGAGCACGACGUGGUUGCCUUGAUGAGUAAGCGAGUCCUCGACGUUGCGGGCGUUCUUGGGAAAUCAGUGAAAGUCGAACUCAACGGCACGCGCCUGCCCAUUAAAUCCUUCAGUGAUUACGUCGGCAUGUAUCUUGAUGCCUCUGAGAAAAACAGUGGAACAGAGGUCAAGCUUCCCAGAAUUUACGAAAAGGUCAAUGAUCGCUGGGAGGUUUGCGUCUCGUUGAGUGAAGGCCAAUUCCAGCAGGUGAGUUUCGUGAAUGCUAUCAACACCACGAAGGGAGGAACACAUGUCAACUACGUGAGUGAACAAGUUGUCAAUAAGUUGCUGGCGGUAGCGAACAAGAAGAACAAGCAGGCUAAUUUGAAGCCUUUCCAGAUUAAGUGCCAUUUAUGGGUUUUUGUCAACGCGUUGAUCGAGAAUCCUGCCUUCGACUCUCAGACGAAGGAAACUUUAACGACGCGUCCAACUGCUUUUGGGUCCCCAUGCACCCUCUCAGAGGUAUUCCUCAAGAAAGUUGUCGGCUGCGGAAUAGUGGAAGAGCUGCUUUCGUUCGCAUCGACAAAGCUGAGCAAAGAGUUAAAAAAGAAUGAUGGAACCAAGCGUCAGCGUCUGACCGGAAUUCCGAAGCUGGAUGAUGCCAACGAUGCGGGUGGGAAGAACUCAGAGCACUGUACAUUGAUUCUUACUGAAGGAGACUCAGCCAAAGCUCUUGCGGUGAGCGGGCUGAGUGUUGUGGGAAGGGACCGAUAUGGUGUGUUUCCUCUGCGUGGUAAGCUGCUGAAUGUACGGGAAGCCAGUCAUAAGCAGAUUAUGGAGAAUGCUGAGAUUAACCAGAUCAAGCAAAUCAUGGGCCUUCAGCACGGGAAAGAGUACGAUAGUGUCAAGUCACUUCGAUAUGGCCAUCUGAUGAUUAUGACAGAUCAGGACCAUGAUGGAUCUCAUAUCAAAGGCCUGUUGAUCAAUUUCAUACACUCGUUCUGGCCGUCACUUUUGAAAGUCCCUAACUUCCUGUUGGAGUUUAUCACCCCCAUUGUCAAGGCGACGAAGGGUGGAAGGACGUUGACUUUCUACACAAUGCCUGAAUAUGACGCGUGGAAAGAAUCGCUGGGUGGAUCAACAAAAGGCUGGAGCGUGAAGUACUAUAAGGGUCUGGGUACCUCGUCAGCGAAGGAGGCCAAGGAGUACUUUUCUGAGUUGGACAGGCAUCGGAAAGACUUUGAAUGGAGGACGGAAGAGGAUGGGGAGGCUAUUGAGCUGGCUUUCAGCAAGAAGAAAAUCGAGGAUCGUAAGAGAUGGCUCAGGAAUUUUGAGGAAGGGACAUACAUCGACCUCACAAACACGACUCUGAACUACACGGACUUCGUGAACCAGGAGCUGAUUUUGUUCUCAAUGGCAGACCUUGCAAGGUCCAUUCCAUCGGCUGUGGACGGAUUGAAACCGGGACAGCGCAAAAUCCUCUUCUCAUGUUUCAAGAGGAACUUGAAGAAUGAUAUCAAGGUCGCCCAGCUUUCAGGCUAUGUCUCAGAACAUUCUGCAUAUCAUCAUGGAGAAGCCAGCUUGUCCAGUACGAUUGUCAAUAUGGCUCAGGAUUUUGUUGGCAGCAACAACGUCAACCUUUUGAUGCCCAGUGGACAGUUCGGUACACGUUUGCAGGGAGGCAAGGAUGCUGCAAGCCCCCGUUACAUUUACACUCGUCUGAGCCCUUUGACUCGUAUGCUCUUUCCGGAAGCAGAUGAUGGUCUUCUCUCCUAUCUGAAUGAUGAUGGGCAAUCCAUUGAACCGAAAUGGUACAUGCCUAUUCUUCCCACUGUACUUCUCAAUGGCGCUGAAGGUAUUGGCACUGGCUGGAGCACGUUCUUGCCGAAUUACAAUCCCUUGGAGAUCACUGAAAACAUCAGGCGCUUAAUGAGGGGAGAGGAUGUCAUCCCGAUGCACCCGUGGUACAGAGGAUUCAAGGGAAUCAUAGAGCAAGUGGAUCGUGCAGACCAAACGCGUGGGAAAUCAUAUGUCGUAUCUGGUACUAUUGAGCAGGUGGAUGAGACAACAUUGCGUGUCACUGAACUUCCAAUUCGGAAAUGGACUCAGGAUUACAAAGAAUUUUUGGAGACGCUUCUUGUUGGCAAUGAAAAGACUGGGCCUCCCUUUAUCAAGGAUUACAAAGAGUAUCACACGGACACAGAGGUGCUCUUUGAAAUUCAGCUCUCCGAGGAAAACAUGGCCGCUGCGUUGGAAGUGGGUCUGUACAAGAAGUUCAAAAUGACCACCAAUAUCAGCACGUCAAAUGUGAAUCUGUUUGAUCCUUCUGGUCAAAUUCGGACCUACGACGGUCCUGAAGACAUCCUCAAGGAUUUCUACAAGCUGCGAUUGGAAUACUACUCAGCGAGGAAGGCUUCUCAGCUGGAAGGUCUGCAGUAUGAGAUGACGAAGCUGGACAACAAGGUGCGGUUCAUCCUGAUGGUUAUCAAAGGGGAAAUCAUUGUUUCCAACCGCAAAAAAGCGGACUUACUGGCUGAGCUCAAACAAUUGGGAUUCACGCCACUGGCAAACAAGGCUGUGAAAAAGAAGGGACAGAACUCUGCUCUUCCCGAGGAGGAAGGGGAAGAAGCCACAGAAGAAGAAGAGGAAGAUGGUGCUGGCAAGGGAUUUGGUAAAGGUGGUGGCUACGACUACCUCCUAUCCAUGCCCAUCUGGAGCUUGACCCUUGAGAAGGUGGAAGAGCUUCUGAGGGACCAGGAAAGUAAGAAGGCCGACCUUGAAACACUUAUGGCAACGACCCCCUCACAAAUGUGGGACACAGAUCUCACAACAUUCUUGGCUGGCUAUGAGGCAUAUGAAAAGCAAGAGCAAGAGAAUCAGGAGAAAUCCGCAAAGCAGAGGGCAAAGGCUCAAGUGAAAGCAGGGAUUCCCCCGAAGAAGGCAGCUGCACCAAAGCGACGGAAAGCCAAGGCUGCCGCAUCAGACGACGAGGAUGAUAUCGAGAUGGAUGCUGAUUUUGAAGAGCCGAAAAAGAAAACUGCAUCUUCAAAGGCUGCAGGUGGUGCGAAGGCCAAGCCCGCCACAACAGGCUCCAGGGCACCCUCCAGGGCACCCUCCUCCAAAGUGACGGCUGUUGCAGGAUCAAAGGAUGGGGUGGGAGGUACCAAGGUCCCAAUUGCUAAGAAAGCUGCAGCAGCGAAGGCAACAGCUGGAACAUCUGACAGUGGUGUGGUGGAUGGCUCCUCGGUUAAUGAUGUUGUAGAAAUGCCAGAAGAAAGCAUGUCUCUUCAGCAGAGACUGGCCAAGAUGACAUUGAGUAAGAACGGAGAAAGUUCGUCUGUUAUGAAUGGAGCAGGUGGCGAGUCCAUGUCUGUGUCCAUAUCAACAGGUGCAGCGAGCAAAAAUGCUGCUAAGGGAAAGGGACGGAGGAAGAUGGUGGUGGAUAGUGAUGGCGAGGAGGACAACAGUGAUGAAGAUUUCAAGUUGAAUAUCAGCAGUGAUGAUGAAGACGUCUUCAAGCCCAAGACAGCAAAGGGUAGGGGCCGAGGAAGAGGAGCUGCAGGUUCAAAGCCAACAGGGGCGGGGAGGGGUGGGGUGAUUGGAGGUGCAGUGAAGGCACCUCCAAAACCAAGGGGUCGUGGAGCUGCCAAGAAAUCGAGUGAGGACACCGACUCCGCUGAGAAGAAACGAGCAAGAGCACCGAAGCCUCCUGUGAGGCAAGAGGAGGUUAUCAUAGACACUGAUGAUGAAAUUGAAGACCCUCGGGGAUUUGGCAAAGAAGUCGUUGCGGAGUCGCCAGCCGUGAAGUCACCGGCAAUGAAGCUGCAAAGGUUAAAAUCGUCGCCUUUUGGGAAGAAGAAAGCUGGGACUGUGAAGACACGAAUUUCCAAAGCCAUGGCUGCAGCCAAAACAGCACGUUCUGUUGCUGAAAGUGUCGAUGAAGGAGGUGAUGUCUCCAGAGCCGGAGGAGCAGGGGCUGUAGCCUCUUCUAAUGCUGCAUCUUCAAUCGGCGAUGAUGAAGGGGCUUCCAACCGACCAGCAAGGAGAGCAGCUCGAACAACCCGGCCGAAAACGUACUACAUUGACAGUGAUAGCGAGAAUGAGAAUAAUGACGAGGACGGAGAUUUCGCCUUCAGUGACUGAAUAACCACUGCCUAGCAUUGUAAUAUUCUGCGCGGAAACACAUUCUUCGGAAGAGAUCGGUGUACGCAUGUCAGUUUUCAAGUCUGUUGUAUUUAUUUUGUCUAUAUCACUGCCCCCCGCCAGAUUGCUCUUGGCGGCCUGUUUUAUGUGCGUGGUUGUCUGAGCUGGUAAUUUAACCUGGGGUGCUUUAUACUCCCUACGUCGAGGUGCGGAGAAGCGACCAGUUGGUGAGUAGUAGUUUGUUUGCAUCAAGGUAGGCUUUUCUCAUCUUUAUAGGUUUCUAUUCUUAUCACCACGAGCAAGCCCUUCCUGUUAUGUUAGCGUGUACGGCUGAUAUCAAUCAGAGUUUUCUAGACGGCACCAUGUUCUUAGGCACAAGCAACGUCUUGGCCUUAUAGACGGCACCAUGUACUUCGGCACAAGCGAUGUCUUGGCCUUCAUGGAAUUAUCGAAUAGUAUCAGAGUUUUCUAGAGGGCACCAUGUACUUCGGCACAGGCAUUGUUUUGGCCUUCAUGGAAGCAUCGAAUAGUAGGAUGAUGACCUACUGCUUGUUCAACCUGUGUGGUUCUGCAACAGCAGUAGGGGGGUUUAUGUGUGUGAUUGUCCGAGCUGUUUUUUUUUUUUUUUUUUUUUACCGUGCUUUAUACUCCCUAAGUCUAGGUUACUGAUGUUCUCAGUCUGAGUCACAGAAGAGGCGACCAGUUGAUGAGUGGUAGUUUGUUUGGAGGGAUGGUUGGCCCUGCCCCUGAUAAAUUCGUCAACGUGGUGCACUGUCGCAGCAAUUCGUCAACGUGGUGCGCAGAAGAGGCACAGAAGAGACGUAAUUUCGAAAGUGCAUGAACAUCAACAUAGGCAAUAUGGAUAAAUUCGUCACCGUGGUGCACUGUCACAACAAUUCGUCGUUGGCAUGGUGUUCAAUGGUUGACGGUGGUUCUGGGGUGAAUGAACAGUCUGAAAAGAUGUUCUCUUGGUGGUGGUGGGAAGAAGUCAGCGGAUGCACUUUUCUUGCCCCUUCAGUUAUGUGAUACAAACGUCUGGUCCAGUGUGAGAUGAAUUUGGAUUUGCAUGCAUUGCUUUGCUCAAGGGGUUGAGGACCGUUGGACGAGGAGGACCAUUGGAUGAGGACCAUUGGAUACCAGCUGAUAACUGACUGGUGCAGGAGUGGAGAGACCCUGCCCCUGAGUGACCAAGUAACAUGUUGCUGGGAGCGAAAUUCGGUGGUUUGGCAAAAGAAAGGGUCGUUCGGCAGACUGGCUGGCCAGGCGGGGAGUUGGUCGCCACUGAUAAAGCCAAAAUUAUUCU